GUGUCACUGGCUGAGAUUUCUCAGUCAGUGUCUCCUUAUGAGUCACUGGCUGAGCUUUCGCAGUCAGCGUUCCCCGGUGUGUCUCUGUGAGUCACUGGCUGAGAUUUCUCAGUCAGUGUCGGUCUUCCUCUGUCGCUGACCUGUCUGUUAGCAUCUCUUUCUCUCUCUGAGCCUCCCCCUAUUAUCUUCCUCCAAGUCCGUAUCAGUGAUACGCAGGGCGGUCCUUCCGCAGUUGGAUUAGCCCGAAUGGUUGCGCUGGAAGCGGUAAUUCUUCGUUCAGUUCGGCGGCUCUAGAGCAUUGGAACGGGCCAGAGGACAGCUCCCUCUGGAAAGUGUUGGAAUAACUUAUUAUAUUAGCGAAAGCUCCGGUAUCCCAGUGAGGCCGGCACUCAGUUGCGAGGUUUCCUGGCGCCGGGAGCAAGCCCUGAGUUCUGUUGAUCUGGAGCAGGAGCAGGGUUCGCUGGCGGAGUGCCGCCAACAACAACUUGCAUUGAUCCAGCGCCUUCUGAAACUUCCCGGGGGCCGGGAAGCUGCUGAGGAGGGGGUGCUGCAUCUCCAGCACGCACCUUCCCGAGCCUUGCAAGCUCGACAGAGGCUGGGGAUUUGCGGCACCGAGCCCGGAGGGUUAAACAGGGAGACCGCUGAGCUCUGCGGCAGGAUCCUGGGAUAGAGGGACCGCAGAGGAGAGAGAGAGACAGAAGGGGGAAGAGGUGUGACAGCGGGUGGCUCUCUGUUUCACCCCGGAGGUCCUCGGCACACUUCCCAAGUAAUCGAGGUUGAUGGUUUCAAAGCUGCUACUGAAGGAUUUGAGAUAAUGGGAACUGCAGAUGCUGGAGAAUUCCAAGAUAAUAAAAUGUGAGGCUGGAUGAACACAGCAGGCCAAGCAGCAUCUCAGGAGCACAAAAGAAGGAUUUGAUUUAUUAUUGUCACAUGUACCUAGCAGAUAUGCCUGGAUGUGAUUGGCUUGCGAUUGCUGCCUGACACCUGAACCAAGGAGCAGGGUUUUAUGUCUCCAGAGGCACUGGGAAGGCAUUUGGAUCAGUGGGCUUCUGUAAGGGCUCCUAUUACUAGACUGCUGUGGAUGAUAUAAUUGCCCUGUUUCUCGUUGGCAGGCAAAUUCAAAAGCCACAAAUUCACCAUGGAAGAAAACCCAACGGAAUAUCCCAUAAGUGUGAUCAAAAAUCCACCAGCCUGGGAAAUGGGCAUAUAUGGUUCAGGAGUCCUGAUCAUCCUGAUGAUCAUUGGAGUGAACCUCUGGAAACUGUGGAAAUCUGGAAACUAUCCUGCUCCCUCUCCUUUCCCAAAUUACGAUUACAGAUACUUGGAGCAGAAGUAUGGAACAUCAUACUCCGAGGUUCGGCAAAAGAGAUCAGUGGCUUCAAGUUAUAAAAAACCUCCAGAGAAAAGUUUUCCAAGCCGUCAAUCAAGCCUAAAGAUAGAUGAAACAUUUGAAACUAUUAAUGAGCUCGGAACUCUGGAACUGAUGACUAAAGAUUUGGAGUUGACAUCCUAUGGACACAUGAAAAAAUCUGUAUCUACAGACUCACUGAAUUCCAUAUCUUCCAUUGGUAAUAACUUUGGCCAUGACUUCACUGUUGGGCAAAUUGAGAUGUGCUUAGAAUACAAUAUGAACUCAAAUACCUUGCACGUCACUCUGGUACAAGGGAAAGAUUUGCUUGAGAAAGAGGAUGUCAAUUUUGAAUCUUGCUUCGUGCGUAUCAGCUUACUGCCUGAUGAGCAAAUUGUUGGAAUUUCUCGGAUUCAGAGAAAUGCAUUCUCUGUCUUCUUUGAUGAGAAGUUUUCCAUUCCACUGGACCCCUCUGCUCUUGAGGAGAACAGUCUACGCUUUUCAGUAUUUGGAAUCGAUGAAGAUGACAGAAACAUCAGUACAGGGUUGGCAGACCUGAAGCUGUCAGACCUGGAUCUCAGCUGCCGUGCCUUCAAUACUUGGCUUUAUCUGCAGGAUGUCAAUAAGGCAACGGACACAGUUGGAGAGAUCCUGCUCUCUCUCAGUUACUUACCUACAGCAGAGAGGCUGACAGUAGUGGUGGUCAAAGCCAAAAAUCUAGUCUGGAACAAUGGAAAGACCACAUCUGAUCCAUUUGUGAAAGUUUAUCUCCUUCAAGACACAAGGAAAAUAAGUAAGAAAAAGACAGCAGUGAAGCGAGAUGAUCCUAAUCCUGUUUUCAAUGAGGCCAUGAUAUUCUCAGUACCCGCGAUUGUUCUACAGGAAUUAUCAUUGAGAAUAACAGUGGCUGAAUGCAUUGAAGAUGGAAGAACUGAGAACAUAGGACACGUAAUCAUUGGGCCUGAGACCAGUGGGAUGGGCGGCACUCAUUGGAAUCAGAUGCUGGCAACAUUAAGGAAACCCGUCUCCAUGUGGCAUGCUCUCCGAAAGAAAUAAAGCAAAGCAACAAUGACAUGUUCUUGGCACGUGUAAAUAUUUUGCAUGGUGACUAAAUUCUUACAUUUUAUGGCUGGUGCUUUGGGAAAUUCAAGUUUGAGACACUAAUUUUCCUUUUACUUUAUUGACUUACUUGCAUCAGCCUUGUACUGGAAAAUGUGUAGCAGGAUAGUGGAAGAGCCAACUACAAAUCACAAUGAACUUGGCUUGAUAAUUGAAUGCAUCGAUAACAAGAGCUGAUAUGAAGUUGCUAUCCUAUUGUGUGCUUCAUAUUGAAUGGUUCAUAUAUAGGUGAAGAAUGAUUAAACAUAAUAAAGAGGUAAUUGUCUGAUGUUAUUACCCAUUCAGAAAGCAGAGCUAUGUUAGCCCUAGACCUACAAAUAAUCCCACGUAUUAACCCUGGACUGAAUCCUUUCCUAAAUAUUUGCCUUUUUCAAACUAUUUAUGCUGUAGCAGUGAGAAAGAAUUUGCAAACAAUUGACUGAUAUAUUGCGAUGAUCAGACUUUGUGGAUAAAUAGGGAUCCUGGAUGUACAUUAUUGGAACUACAAAAUAACGUGAAAGGCAGGAAAGGUUUUGUGCAUCUUCUGGCUAUUUGUUUGGGUGUUUGUUGAAUAAAUAAGAGGAGCGAGCAUACUGUUUAUGUCAUGCAUAAAACGGUAAAUUGUCAGGGUGCACUCAAGGCAUAUGUGGUUUUGAGUUGAUUUGCAGUUAUAAUGUACACAGAUACCUGCGCAUAUAUAUAUAUAUUUGAAUUAUCUAUUAUGUUGUGGUAAUGAAGUCAGACUUGUUUUAUAUGUAAUUCUAGUUCUUUCCUUCUGAUAGUUCCAUUGAAUGUGCAAUUUAUUAGAAUUUGCCAGUGAAUCAAUGAAGGCAUACUAGUUUUCAAAAUGUGAUUGCUUUACAGAAAAAUGUAGAAAAUACUUGGUGCUGUUUGCAACCUAUGUAUGUCUAAUGAGCAAUCCCAGCUUUCUGAUGACUGCUCUGAUAUCCAUUUUUCCUGGGGUUGGCAAUAAUCCAACAGGAGCCAGCUGGGUUUGAAAUGUGUACCUGCUUGGGCAAAAAAACUUUGCCCCUACACUUCCUUGGGCAAUAUAUUCCAACUUGCUGUAAUUUUACUGCUCUGAGUCUUUGCAUUGGAGCAGAUAUGGAUUAGAACAUUAGUCUUUCCUCAUGGGGUUCCAGUUGAGACCACUUCUGACAGGACUAAUUAUGUAUUAUUGAUUUUCUCAAAUCCAAAUAUGAAGAAGAGAGAAAUUAAACUUCUUAUUAAAUUUAUAAAAUAAUGUACUUUACAGGCUGGGAACUUGAAGGCUUCCCCAUCAUAAUUUCAACAGGUACAAUCCUUCCUACAGAUGUAAUCACCGUUGUAGGAGCAAACAGAUUAGAUUGUAAACAGUAUAGAUUGUUUAUUUGCACCUUGCUUGCUGAAAAUCCCAGUGGUUGGAUUAUAAAGUAUUUUACACUCGUCUCAGAGGACAGACUGCAUUCAGUAAUUAUUUAAAAGAAAUUUAAGCAAUAAUAAAUAAAAAUUAUUAAUAACAAACUGUCUCAAAUAUAUUGGGUUAACAGCCUUGAAUUGAUGAAUAUGUAAUGACAUAUUGACCUUUUAAGCAUUGAGUGAUAAAUUCUGAUGCUACACUUAGAACACAGUAAGAGCAAAACAGUUUGUUGUGAAAAAUUGUCCUAACAUCAUGGUCAAUUUAACAGUAUUUUAAAUGUAUAUUGUGUAUCACUGAUUGAUAAUGGACACGUCUAUAUUGUCAUCUGAUUUUCACUUCAGAUAUGAAUAGCCACAAAGAUUAAUUACCUGCUGUUUGCUUUUAAACAACAACUGAUUUACAUAUCUCUGGCAAAAGGAAAAUUCAUCACAGAGCUCUCCAGCUUACCUUGAGAAAUUCUGUGUGAAUUUGUUCUCCCUUAAGGCAGAGUAUUGGGGAACUACAUAUUUUUCCAAGCCCCGUUCAAUCACGAAAGUGUUGUAUUUUAAAGAUCACACCCAGGAACAGAUGAACACUGUUUCAUUGUGUCAAUGUUUCAGUUGUACACUCUUAUCUAAAGUUUGAUUUGGUGAGCUCUGUCGAACCAGCAUAUGCCUACGGAAAAUUUUGAUUGCCUUCUGGUAACUGGGUUUAUCGAUCUAAUGACAUGUGGAAAUUUUUGAAGCCAUCAGAAAGAGCAAAUCUAAUCUUCUAAUGGAAGAUUGGGUUUCAGUUCUCAGUCUAAGAGGUCAAUCAGUAAUUGUCCUUCUAACAAACUGCAUCAUCUAAUCUUCAUAAUAUAGCAAUUCUUUGUUCGUCCUCCUUUGACAGGUAUAAACCUGUAUCUAACUCUUUACCUUCAAACAAUGCUGAUCUUGCUAAUGUUCAUCUUGCCUAGCGCAUGCCCCAUGCAACACACUCUAAGUUUUUUUUCCACCCUAUGAUUUGUAUGUCCUUGCUUACAAUGAUCUGCCUGUACUGCUCAUAAACAAAGCUUUUCACUGUAAUUAGGUACAUGUAACAAUAAAUAAAUCAAAUCAAAUAUCCCAUAGAUAAAGACAACGAUCCACCUUGGCUCAGGCUAGCACUUUUUCCCCUACAUCAUGAAAACGAUAGGUUCAAGCCACGCCCAAUAUUACAUUGUGGUGCUUAAAGGGACUUCUGCAACUUUGAUAUGAUAUAUAACAAACUACCCCUUUGCCUUUUCAAGUGGAUGCAAAGGUCACAUGUACUAUUUAGAAAAAUAACCAAGUUCAGGAGCGAACACCUACCUUUCAGCCAACAUCUAGCCAUUUACCAUAUUGUUAUUUGUGGGACAUCUCACAGAUUAUUUUGGCAUUACAUCGUUGGCUAUAAUCAGCUUUGGGCUGACCUGGACGAAAGGUGUAGACAUAUGCAAGACUUUAGUUAUUUUUUGGGGACAAUGUCAACCAAAAUCUUUAGGUUAAGCAUCAUUCUUGUUUUUUCUACUCAAUAAAUGAGAACAAAUACCAUUGAACAGCAUGGGAACUUCUAUUGAUUAAAAACAAAUCUAGUAUCAACAAAAUAUGAUAUGUUCCCCUUUUUGAAGAAGAAUUAAGAAAAAGAUUCAAUGGUUAGAAAAGGAUUCAAUGCAGAAUCUGAUGAAGGGUCUAGGCCCGAAACGUCAGCUUUUGUGCUCCUGAGAUGCUGCUUGGCCUGCUGUGUUCAUCCAGCCUCACACUUUGUUACAAUGCAGAAUCAUUAUCUUCUUUGCUGACAGAUUCAGAAAAAAAGGGUCACAAUAGUAACACCAUUCAGUGAUAAAAUCAGAAAGAAUUUCAUCAAAACAAAAAUCGUCAUGGAACUCUAUAAUUCACACAAUCAAAAAUCUUUGGGUGCUGGGUAUUUUGAAUGUUUUGAGUCUGGGAGCAUUGGGUUUUAACUAACUGAAGCUGUUGAGUGGUAUGUACCAAAAGUGGCCAAAAUUGGGUUGAGGUGCAUGUCUCCCAUAGUCUGAUUAAAAAGGAGAACAUGUCCAGGGGACUGAACAGCCCACCGUUUCCUCAAAUGGUACAGUAACAUUAGGAAUACCUGAUGUAAAUAGAUUUCAUUACUGUGAGGCACUAAAAAAGUUUUAGUAAUAAGUUUAAUAAUGUGAAAAAUAACAUUGUGGUAAUGUAAGAGUAUUCCUGUACAAUAUGAAGAUGGGAUAUAUAUAUAUACACACACAUGGAGAUUAAAUUAAGUGAAUAUUUUAUAGAUUUUUAAUGAAAAAAUUGUACAUAAUGAAAAAUGAAUUCAAAGCAGAAAAUUAUUACUCAUAAUACAAUGCACUUAUAUAGAGAUAAUGAUAAAUGGUAGCUCUUUUCUAUAAGUUUUCAAAUACUUGUUUAAAAGGUUUGCGAAAACCAUAGAGAGAAAUUAAUUUCCAUGUUUGGAAUUUCAUCCUGUUUUGCUGCAGAACUCUUCUUGUUUUAAACACAAUCCAGACUAAGUAAUAAAACUAGUGUUUGGAUCCUUCUGUAGAUACUGUCACUUCACGGGAAAUGAAAAUUUGCAAGUAAUGAAUUGGAAUAUAGAUUGUAAAGAGUGAUGAAAUAGUCUUCUAGCAAAGGUAGUUGGAUGUGGCGACGUGAGAAAAAAUGUUUGCCAUUUGGACGGGGUGCACUAUGGUAGGUCAAUGCAUGAUUCUCAUCUCUAUCAAGUUUAUGAUUUGCACCAUUUGUUAAGUGACUCAUACAUUCACACUGAUAGCUGGAACAGUUAAUCAUUUGUGCGUAAUGACAACACACUGCCCAUGUGGAUAAGUGUGCUCAUAGAAGCCUCAUUCUUAAGGGAUUCCAAACACGCACCAACUUUUCAUCAUAUCACUAAUGUUUCUGCCAAACUUCCAGUGAGAUUGAAAGAAACCCUACAGAAACUCCAGGUAGUGGUGUUCAGUUUCUUUGUCUGCAAAACAAAUUGGAUAGCUGGAUAAAAGUGCAGGGAUAAGGAAAUUAACCAGCUAAACACAUUUAUAACUAUUUGCUUUAUAAGCUGGAGUAAUUAAUCUGAAGGAUCAGUUUUUGCUUUAUAACUUCUACAUAUUUUAAUAUACGAGUGAGAAGAUCCUGGUUAAUACUCAAUUAAUGUUCUGCUCUUUCAGAGAGAGAACCUGCAGUAACAGAACUCAGUAACUAGAUAAGAAGGAUAACUAGGACUGGGGGCACUUAUAAAUCAAGAGAGCUUAUAGGUAAUGCUGGAGAAUCUUCUGACUCAACUGCAAUUCACUACUUAGCUGACGAGACAUCUAUUAUCGCAUUUUUCUCAGGUAUGAGAAGACUUAACAACAGAACAUGUGCAUACGCAUGUACGGAAUGACGAAUUAAAUGAGGUAAAUGCGCAACAGAAAAACCGUCAAUUGAUGGUGUAUACACAUUCAAACAUGCAUUUGAAACCAAAGUUACCUUCCUUUAAUAAUUAUUGCAAUACAUUACUUUCUAAAACGGAAAGCAAAAGUUAUCCAAAAGUAAGCUACUCCUUGACAGGUUGGACAACGGCUGAUAAUUCCUGAAGUGGUAAUGAAUAGGGAAGUGGGACUCACUGGAAAGCACUGGCAUAAAAGGCCAGGCCACGUGUCCUCCUAUGUUCCAUGAUUCAAUGGCUUUAUUAGUUUAGCUGUAUUCAUUUGGGGCCAUAAGUGCAAUCAACAUGCGCUCAAAUGGAGAUGCCUGAACAGUUUAGGUUUUGUACCUCAUUGUCAUGUAGAAAGGAGGUCAGAGGCUACACAGCUUUAUGUGCAGGUGUUCCAAGAAACAACUGAGGAUUAUGAUGAUUGGCUGAGCCUCAGAGGUUAAGGAUGGCAGGGAAGGGAAGCAGAUGAGAGCUGACGGUGGAGAUCUCAAAACUGGGGGCAGUGCUGAUUAAAGUAUUCACCUUUUAUUCAUUUCAGGCAGUUUAACAUCACAAUUACAGGCUUCUGAAAAGAACCACUGAUGCUGACUUGCCUUAGGUGUUGGUAAGGAGCAAGGAAAAAGGUGCUAACCAUCUUAUUUAAAUACAUUAAUAGCCCAAACCUGCUUCUCAUGUAGAUGAAGGACAAUUACUGUUUGGCCCUGACCAAAAUGGCAUAAGGCAUAGGCUGAAUGAUUUACGCAUCGGAGGAACACCAUAUUGAAAAUAAAACAACAUCAGUGAUGGUGAAAACCUGAGAUCUACAGAACUGUAUUUCUAGACCAAUGAGCUUCUCUUCAGCAGCUUGGAAGGAUCGUCCACACAAAUUUUACAGGGCUGCAGCUGAAUAAAAUUCACUAAUGAUAUGAUAUAUACAGCCAGCCUACAGAAUGCGAGCCUCAAUGUACACAGAUUCUCUCUCACUCCCAGGUAUGUGCAGCUGAUGUUAACAAUACACUGGUUUGUCCUUAAGGACCUCCUCUAAUCCUGGACAGCCCACUCUUUCUCAUCUUAACACACUAUGCUAUAACCAGCAACAGCCAAUGCAUAUAUGUUGCAUUGAAUUCCCAGCUUUGCAUUUGGUCAGGUUUUACCAUUAACAAAACUAUUUUUGCUCAUUUACACUGACUCAUUCUCAGGUAGGAGCAAGACUCUAGCAUGCUAUCAGAUUUGGGUGGAAAGUCUGCUGCUAUUUCUUUUUACUGCCCUCACUUCCUUUUAUGCACGUAAACAUUAGUAUCAAAAUUUAUACACAAAGGUUACCAGUGGGAUGCUGGUUUCUCCUUUAUGCACGCUUACUAGCAUAUGAUUUUAUUAAUAAAAAUUGCAAUUAAAACAUUAUGAACAAAAGUAAUUUCCAUGAAUGGAUUAGUUUAAGUAUGUAAUUCUACACAAGGAAUAAGUGUGGAGGGUAGAAUAAUAGUGAAUAGCCAACCGUAUUGCCAACUUACUAAACUUGGUGGCCCGUCAAAAAUACUGUCAGCCAAUUCAGUCGAUGACCAAGUGUUUUUGAGUCACUGUACACUCUCCUGUGAGAUAUGGAAAGAGGUGACCUAUUCAGUUUCAAUUUAGCAUAUCAGUGACUGAAGUACAGAUAACAGCACAAGGAGAACCUUUAAAGGGUAUAAAUUUGACAAACUAACUGAACUUCUAGGAUUUGAAUUUCAGGUCUGCAAAAUUAAAUGGUUAUUUGGCACACAGCUUGAAUGGCAUUGAUGUGCCAGAACCAGCCCUGAAAGGCACUGCCAUCAAAGUUUUUCCUCACUUUCAUCGUGCAAACUAGAACGUUCUUCAAUUGCAUGGUUUACCUGUACCAUUUGCUAAAUGUAAACUUUCCUUUUCAAAUAAAUGGCUUCUUUCAAAAUGA